CCGAGAGGAUGCAACCUUCGAUCGUAGGUUUGUUUUUGCUGCUGCCGACGGUCGUGUUGACCUUCACGCUACUACCGUGUGAGAUCCCGAACGAGACCACAGCCGGCUACUGCAUGACGCCGAACGUCUGUCGAGCUUAUCAGCAGUUGAAAAGUGGAGCUUUGGCUGCCGCACGGGAAACGAAAGAAUUUCUUAGACGACUUACUAGUAGUUGCUCAGGACAAGCAAUAUGUUGUACUGUGAAACAGGCUUAUCUGAACCCACGUAUUCAAGUGCUGCCGCCAGCGGAUGAUUCCUCGAAUCUGAUUACCAAUUGCGGCAUGGAGGCUACUAGGGAACACAUAAUUGGCGGAGAAAUUACCGACAUCGAUGAGUUUCCCUGGCUGGCACUGCUUUUCUAUCACUCGAAGGAAACGGAUCAGAUAACUCCCUCCUGCGGUGGUGUUCUGAUCUCGAAACGCUGGGUUCUAACCGCAGCGCACUGCAUUACCGGUCGAGGAUAUCGAAACACUGGACCACUAAAGUUUGUCCGCUUAGGAGAGCAUAAUCUGGACACGGAAGUGGAUUGCGAUAGGAAUAGAGACUGUGCCGAUCGCCCGGUCGAUUUGGCGGUGGACAAGAUUAUUCCUCAUCCGGACUAUGUCAGCACCAGUUGGGACAAGUACAAUGAUCUAGCUUUGCUUAAGCUGUCGAAAGAUGCUCCCCAUACCGAUUUCAUACGCCACAUUUGUCUACCCAGCUAUUACAACAUCACGCAAACUGAGACAGUCCGAAAAUACGUUGCUGCCGGUUGGGGGCUUACCGACAUCUACGAAAACAUCGAUAACGUUCCGAGCAAGAUCAAGCUCAAGGUCAGUCUACCACAUAUUGAGCACUCACGCUGCCAGACGGUCUACGGGAACUUCUCGAUUCGUGUGGCCGACAGUCAGAUUUGUGCCGGCGGCCGCAAGGCACAGGACACCUGCCGGGGAGACAGCGGUUCCCCGUUGAUGUACUUCAGUCAGCCGCACGAACGCUGGUUCGCCUACGGCAUCGUCAGCCGGGGUCCGUCCAGCUGCGGAACCGAAGGGGUGCCCAGCAUCUACACCAGCAUGUUCGAAUUCGACGAUUGGGUCAGCAGUACCAUGAAGGCCAACUGAUUAACGGCGACGACGACGAUGACGACAGUAGCAAGUAAGAAGAAAAUAACAUAUCCUUAUGCAACAAA